UAUAAAUACAGUAAAAGGUAGAAGGGAUACGAAACUGUCAAAGUCCAAAGUUUAUUAUUGGGAGUAAUGUACAUUGAGCAGUUAACCGGUUAAGUGUCUUUCUAUGCAAAUUUUCCGUAAAGAAAGGUUUUGUUAAAAUACUUGUCAUCAAGGGUAACGGGAUUUCGUGUGGUUGUACAAUGUUUCGCGUAAAAUUAUCGUCGGAAAAGCUUAAAGUGCUGGACAUAGUCCGUUGGCAAUCAACACAUACGUCACCCGUUUUAUCGUACGGCAGCGAUUCAUAUCAAUAUUUACAAAAGAGCUCGACGCCUAUGCUCCACUUUCAGCCGUCGUUACCCCGACUGGCAAUACCGAAAUUAGAAAAGACAUGCGAGCGAUACCUGGCAGCGGUGAAGCCACUGUUGAACGAAAAUACCUUUGCCAGAACCUCAAUCGUCGUCGAUCAGUUCCGACAGAGUGAAGCGCCCCAAUUACAGAAACUGUUGCUCCAACAUGAUAAAUCCAACAAGCAUACGAGUUACAUAUCGGAACCAUGGUUUGACAUGUACUUGAAGGACCGUGCACCGCUACCAAUCAACUAUAAUCCCGUGCUUACGUUUAAACCGGACGAACGGCCCGAAUAUAAUGAUUUGUUAAUUAGGACAAGCAAUUUCAUUGUCAGUUCGUUGAGGUUUCGUCGAUCGUUGCAAGAAAACUUACUGAAACCGGAAGUGUACCAUAUGAAUCCGAAGAAGAGUGACACUCCAACCUACCAUAACGUGACCAGACUUUGUCCGGCCAAGAUUUCAACCUAUGUGUCUUACGCAUUCAAUGCAUUUCCGCUAGACAUGAGUCAGUAUCAAGGAUUGUUCGGCGCCACAAGGAUUCCCGAAUUGGGCAAAGAUCGGAUCUACCGACAAAGUGAUACGAAGCAUCUUGUAAUCAUAAAGGAUGGGCACUUCUUUGCCAUGGACGUUUUGGACGAACAAGGCAACAUCGAACCACCGGAAGUUAUCCAAGCUCGAAUGAAGUACAUCUUGUCAAAAGAAACCAAAAAAGCCGAUCAUCCCGUGGCAGUGCUAACAACCGAAAAUCGUGACACCUGGGCAAAGAUUCGUUCAGAUCUCGUGAGUGAUGGCAAUGCUGAAGCAUUACAAACGAUUGAUUCCGCAAUAUUUGUAAUAUCGCUGGAGGGCGGUCAGUUGGACGAGGAGAAUCCAACACAGUUGUUUAAACAAUUAUUAGGUAGCAGCGGUUGUAGCCGAUGGUUUGACAAGUCCCUGUCGCUAGUGUUUAAUAAAGACGGAUCCGCAUCAGUAUCAUUUGAGCAUUCCUGGGGAGAUGGCGUUGCCGUUUUACGUUAUUUUAACGAAUUGUACGCGGACACGAGAUUAAAUCCUUUCGUUCAUCCACAUACGAAACCAACGGACCGAAUGGAUAUCGAUCGAGUUGUUCGACCUAUUGAAUUUAAGCUGACCGAUAGACUGAAACAGGGAAUUCAGCAGGCUCAACUGAACCACCAGAAAGUGAUGGAUUCGCUGAACAUGCAUCUGAUGAAAUUCGAUUCAUUAGACAAACGCAAAUGCAAGAGGUAUGGACUGAGUCCUGAUUCAAUAAUGCAGCUGGGUUUUCAGUUGGCAUACAAGAAGCAAAACAAUCGCUACGUCGGUACCUAUGAAUCUUGCAGCACCUCAGCUUUCCGCCAUGGUCGUACUGAAACCAUACGUCCGUGCUCGCAGGCCACCAAGCAAUUCUGUGAUGUGAUUCUAUCGAAAAAUCGUCCAAGCAACGACGAACUACGCGCCCAAAUCGAUCAGUGCUCAAAAGUCCACGGACAAUUAACCAAAGAAGCUGCCAUGGGUCAAGGAUUCGAUCGACAUUUGUUCGGACUGCGUCACAUGGCCAAAAUUAAUGGCAUCGAAGAGCCGGCACUGUACUCGGACGAUGCAUACAAAAUCAUCAAUCACAACAUCAUGUCGACGAGUACAUUGUCGUCGACCGGUUUAAUGCUUGGCGGUUUUGGUCCGGUUACACAAGACGGAUAUGGAAUUGGUUACAGCAUUCAGGAUGAGUUCCUUGGCACUGUUUUCACCAAUUAUCAUGAGCAUACAAAUGGGAGUGAAUUUGUUGACUGUUUGCGAGAGUCUUUCGAUGAAAUUACGAAUAUUGUUAAGUUGUCAUCGAAGGCUGUGCCAUAGUCGUUCGAUACUUUGAGUACUUUUUACAGAGUUCAUUAAUAAAAAUGGUUGGAAAAGUAAA